GAGUGUUCUAGCAGAAAUACCUGCCAAAACAACAUUAUGGCUGCCGCAAGUGACAAGGCUCGCUUUUUCCUCGAACAGUCGGUACCAGAGCUCAAAGAAUACGAACGCAAAGGUAUCUUCAGCGCGCAGGAGAUUACCAGCAUCGCCCGCAAGCGAUCUGAUUUCGAGCACAAGAUCAACGCACGCGGAUCCACGCCCGCGGAUUUCGCUCGCUAUGCCGAGUUCGAGAUGAAUGUUGAUGCAUUGAGGCGCAAGAGAGUGAAGAGAUUGGGAAUCAAAUCCACGGCACACAAUGGCAAGCGUCGUAUCUUCUUCGUCUUUGACCGCGGCACUCGCAAGCAUCCCGGUGACAUAGGUCUUUGGAUGGAGGCAAUAGAUUUUGCGAGGAAGCAGAAGGCAUACAAAAAGUUGCAAGAGAUGUUGACACAUGUGCUUCGGUUACACCCUACAAAGGCCGACUUGUGGAUUCAUGCCGCCCAAUAUGCGAUGGAAGAGAAUGGUGACAUUACUGAAGCAAGGAGCUACAUGCAACGUGGUCUUCGAUUUUGUAAAGGGUCAAGAGCCAUGUGGUUGGAGUAUGCGAGACUGGAAAUGUCUUAUGUCGCAAAGAUUCACCUCCGUCGAGAAGUCCUGGGAAUCACCACCAGGGACGCCGAUCAACCAGGACAAGCACACCCAGGGGAUGCAGAUGAGAAUCUUCUGCGCUUGCCGAGACUAACGGCUAUGGACAUCUCCCUGAACAGCGAGAACGACGAUGUUGACACCUCUGCCCUCCAGAAGCUGGAAUCGACACCCGCCCUGAGUGGCGCCAUUCCAGUCGCAAUCUUCGACGCUGCUAUGGCUCAGUUUCUCGACCCGAAGUUUGGCUUGGACUUUUUCAAGAUGCUUCUCGAAUACGACGACAUUCCAGCUUGCCGAAAAGUUGCAGACCAUGUGACGGCACUCUUGUUGAAGGAAUACCCGCAGAGUUGGAGCAGCCACGCGUGCCAUGUACAACUACCACUUGUCUCGAUUCGCCCUACUUCUGCCGACUUCCCGUCCGCUCUCAGAGAUAUGCUGGUCCGACUGAAGGAGGCUCGCAGGAAAUCCAACAGCCCUGAGUUGAUCGGCUGGGCCAAGGGUUCGCUUGAGAAGAUCCUUCAAACAUCGGAUCUGGAUCCUGCAAUUAGAACAGUGGCAGACUCUGUUAUCAAGUCCUUGGGCGUGCCUGAACCGACUUAGUCAAUCCAUAUCUCCCCCUUUUGACCUCGA